CCCUGUUGAGUCCGGCGGCUCCGCACCCCGGCGCGGUUGCGGGAGUGCCCUCGGGUUUCGCUCCGUGGCUGAAGACAGUAGCGGAGGAAGGACGCGGGCGCGAUGGGAGGCAGCGGCGGCACGGGGGGGCUGAGGCCCCUCCGGCUGCCCUGAGGUCUGCAGCCCCAGCGAGCAAGAGGGCGGCCCGGAGCGCCCGUCAGCCCCCGAGUCCUUAUUGCUCCCUCUCCGCAGCCAACCUCGCCGGGGCUCCCGCAAGCCAAGCGAGCGCCGCGGCUACCGACUGGCUGUUCCCGGGCGGACUCCGAGCCGCACGGAUGCAAUGCCCCGAGCGUCCUUCUCCUCCCGAGCCCCUCGACCGAAAUCCGGGCGCCCGAUCAAAGGACAGUCGGCCCAAUAUGUCAAGACCUCUGAUCACUAGAUCCCCUGCAUCUCCAUUGAACAAUCAAGGCAUCCCCACUCCAGCACAGCUCACAAAAUCCAACGCACCAGUUCACAUUGAUGUGGGUGGGCACAUGUAUACCAGCAGCUUGGCCACGCUUACAAAAUACCCCGAUUCCAGAAUUGGCCGGCUUUUCGAUGGCACGGAGCCCAUUGUCCUCGACAGUCUCAAGCAGCAUUAUUUCAUCGACAGAGAUGGGCAGAUGUUCAGAUAUAUCUUGAAUUUCUUAAGGACAUCAAAACUCCUCAUUCCUGAUGAUUUCAAGGACUACAGCUUGUUAUAUGAAGAAGCAAAGUAUUUCCAGCUUCAGCCCAUGCUGGGAGAGAUGGAACGGUGGAAACAGGACCGGGAGAGCGGCCGCUUCUCAAAGUCUUGCGAGUGCCUGGUGGUGCGAGUGGCCCCAGAUCUCGGCGAGAGGAUUACGCUGAGUGGAGACAAGUCCUUGAUAGAGGAGGUGUUCCCAGAGAUCGGUGAUGUGAUGUGCAAUUCUGUCAAUGCCGGCUGGAACCACGACUCCACACACGUCAUCCGAUUCCCGCUGAACGGAUACUGUCACCUCAACUCAGUUCAGGUACUUGAGAGGUUACAGCAAAGAGGGUUUGAGAUUGUUGGCUCAUGUGGAGGUGGGGUGGACUCUUCCCAAUUCAGUGAAUACGUACUGAGACGAGAACUCAGAAGGACAUCUCGUGCACCCUCUGUCAUUCGAAUAAAGCAAGAACCUCUGGACUAAAAUGGACAUGUUUCUUUAUGCAAAAAAAAAAAAAAAAAAAAAAAAAAAGAGGAAAACAAAGAGAAAAAAAAAAGGGGGACAUUUCAUGUGCAGUUUGGACUCCAAACAAGUCCUGGAACUAAAAUUGAAUAAAAGACACAUUUAUAUCAAAUAUAGAGACCACACCUGAAUUCAUAUGGGAACACUUGGAAUAGUAGUGAUAAUAAUAAUAACCUCAAGGUAUAAAAGAAAACACACACACACACACAUAAAAAAUAUGUAUGUAUAUGUAUGUCUGUACAUAUAUAUAUGUAUGUAUAUGUCAAAGGGUAGGAAAUGCAAUGACAAAAUGUGGUAGAUGAGGUUGGUGCUGUGAUGGCCAUUAAGUGUCCUAGGCCAUUCCCAGGCCCACUUAACGGUGUACAAGCCAUUGCCAGGGGGGGAUUCAUAGACUGCUCUUCACCCAUUUUCAUUGCCAAACAGCCAUCCACUUUUUAAUGUGUACACACCUUGAUUCAACUUUAUUUGCAUAUGGAGAUUUAUGUCUGUCUUUUUUAGAGGUGGAUGGGCAGGUGUUCAGGAGACAACCAUCCAUUGCAUUGGAAAGCUGAAAUUUUAAAUGUAGUUUGUACAGAAGUCGCACACUUUUUGUCUGCCCUCACAGAUGUGAAAGGUUAACUUUUCUUUUGAAUGAGUUUUUUUGUUGUUUUGUUUUGUGUUUUUCAAAGGGGGCCAGAAUAAUUAAUAUUUGGUAGAGAUGCUCUGGUUUGAAUCUGCUGCUUUCCUACAAUUUUUUCAAAUUUUAUAAUGUAUUAAAUACAAUAAACUCCUGUUUAAAAUAA